AUGCCGUUGGAAGGUGAAAAUGCCGAACAAAGCGACGCGGUUAGCUCAAAGGAUUCGGGAGCUAAAGAUCAGGAAAUCGAAGGGAAGAUCUUGGAAUUAAAACGUAACAAAAGGGCGAAGAAAACAGCGACCACAAAGGUACGACACAAUGUUGAAAAGUUGUGUGCUUCGAAGGGUGAAUUGAGCAUAGAAGAGAUUGAGAAAGAUAUCGCAGCACUUUGGGGGUUAUUAGAAGUAACAUUGGAUAUAAUGGACGAACUAAGCCUUGUUUAUAUAAAAACGGAUGAUCGUGAAAAUAAAGAGGCAAUGGCAAAAGAGUCUGACUCUUUCGAAGCCGAGAUAAAUGAGUGUAUUAGCAAAGCUGAGUCGAUUAUUAAGGACAAUUUGAGGAAGAAGUCAAAUCAAAGUACCAUAAGCGUGACCGGAGGCGUGGAAGCGAGUGUGUCUACCCAUUCACAACAAGGGCCUGAGUCCAAUGUGCCUUCGGGGGCAGAGGAAAGGGUAACAGUCUCGAGUCGUCUAAAACCCCUGAAAUUACCAGUUUUUGAUGGGAAUAAGAUCAUGUUCGAGGAUUAUUGGGCAUUAUUUGAAAGCUUAGUGGACAAAAGUACUGAAUCUGCGAAUGUAAAGAUGGCUAGACUGCGGCAAAGUCUCACAGGGCCACCCCUCGAAGCAAUUAGAGGACUUGGUGUAUCCCGGCCAGAAUACGAGGAAGCGAAAGAACUUUUGACAACAAAGUAUGGUGGUCAACGUAGGCAGCUACAAGCAUACAUGGACCAACUUGAGAGUAUGACCCCGCUCAAAAACAACGAUAUUAAUGGAUUUGAGAGGUUCUCAGAUCUUGUUCGCGUAUCGGUUGUGAAGUUGCAGGCAGACGGUAGAAAUGGCGAGUUAGGGGAAGGGACAUUGCAUAGUUUGUUGGUUAAGAAGCUUACGGAUAGGCAGGUGGAAAAUUAUAACCGGUGGUUGGGGGAGAAUAAGAAGAUGCGAUCUGUGUUGAAUCUCCGGGAUUGGUUGAAGGAAGAGGUUCGAAUUAAGAUAGAGGCUGCUGAGAUGGUGCAUGGGAUUGAGGAUGGCGGUGACAGAGGCGGUAGAAAGAUUGAGGGUAGUCGUGGUAGAUAUGGUUUUAGGACGGGGGACAGAAAUAAUAGUCGUUCGUUUUUCAGUGAUGGCGUAGGAAGUAGCAAACCACCAUGUGCUUUGUGUAUGGGAAACCAUGGAGUGUGGGCAUGUAAGAAGUUUCAGGGAAUGUCGGUUGAAUCUCGAUGGACGGUUGCGAAAGAAAAACAUCUGUGUUUUCGGUGUUUGGCCAAUAACCAUACGGGAAAGUUGUGCACGCGGUCAAAGGUGUGUAAUAUUGAUGGGUGUAAAAGAAACCAUCAUACGCUAUUACACGAUACACUACCGAAACAGCAAGACGGCCAAGACAGAACCAAUGUUGAACCACGGGAGGGGGAGCAUCAACGUACUCUUACAUCGGUAAACGAAGGCGAAAGAGCGGAGACAUUGUCACUGCGAACAGUUCCCGUUUGGUUAAAGGCUAAUAAGCGGAAGAUAAAGAUCAACGCAAUUUUGGACGAUGCCUCAAACGAAACCUUUCUAAAUGAGGAAGUUGCAGGAGUACUCGGGUUAUCUGAACCAUUUGAGACUGUGAAGGUACAUGUUCUGAACAACGAAGUGGAGACUUUUCAGUCAAUGCCAGUGAAACUAACAAUUGAGAGUGUUGAUGGUCAAUUCAGCAAAGAAAUACAAGUAAAAACUUGUCCAAAGAAGGUGACCGGAACAUAUAAAGUAGAGGACUGGGGUAAAAGCAAAGGGAACUGGCCUCAUCUAAGGGAGUGUGAAUUUGCCAAACCUGCAAAAGACGGGCUGGUAGACUUACUAAUCGGUGUUGACAAUACGGAACUGCAUUAUUCCAGAGCAGAUGUCCGGGGCAGUGUUGGAGGUCCAGUUGCUCGACUAGGUCCACUCGGGUGGACUUGCAUAGGGGCGCCAGAAGAUCGCAAAGUUGCUGGACCUAGAACUCAUGUUAUACGAACCCACCUAUUGGCUAAUCCAGUCAAGAUUGACAAUGGAAGUGUUUGCUGUGAUGUUGACCAGUCUAUUAAACGGUUUUGGGAAAUCGAGAGUUGUGGCACUGAAGCUUGUGAGACUAAGAUUUACACUGAAGAAGAAAAUGUAGCCCUAACGCUGGUCAAGGAAUCGUUGAGCUACGAUAACACUACUCAUCAAUACACUGUGGGAGUUCCGUGGAAGGUUGGUCAUCCGAAGUUGCCAGACAAUCGCGAACAGGCCACAUCCCGUUUGUGCAGCACGGAAAAGAAGUUGAAGAAGGACGAAUUUCUGAAGAACGAGUACCAGAAAACUAUCGACAGGUAUAUCGAGAAGGGGUAUCUGAAACGUGUGUCUAACGACGAAGAAAUUCCGCCAGAGGUAUGGUAUCUACCGCACUUCCCCGUGGUACGAAUGGAUAAAACAUCGACAAAGGUGCGAAUCGUGUUCGAUUGUUCUGCAAAAACGGACGGAGUUUCGCUAAACGACGUGAUUCACGCAGGUCCAAAAUUACAACAGGACCUGUUUGACGUGUUAAUUCGUUUCCGUCGAAACCCAAUCGCGCUCGCGUGUGAUAUUAGAGAAAUGUACUUACAAGUUGAGAUCAUGGAGAACGACCGACGUAUGUUUCGAAUCUUAUGGAGAGACCUGGACAGUGAUCGGGAACCUGAUGUUCUCGAAUUCAGCCGCGUAGUCUUCGGAAAGAAUGCUGCACCAAUGGAAUGCCAGUUCGUUAUUCAAGAAAACGCCAGACGGAACCAAAGUUCAUAUCCAAUGGCAGCUGAAACAGUGUUAAAAUCCACAUACAUGGAUGAUUCAAUCGACAGUGUUGAUACAGAAGAAGAGGGAAUCGAGUUAUAUCAACAACUGGAUAGUUUAUGGAGCUUAGCGGGUAUGAAAGCAAGAAAGUGGAUAUCAAAUUCUUCCAAGGUCAUUUCAGCUACCCCAGAGGAAGAUCGUGCAACUGAAUUCAAUCUAGGUGGCCAGAAAGAUCCUGUAGUAAAAACACUUGGACUUUCGUGGGAGAGCAAAGAGGAUGUGCUAUCCAUUGCUACUGCGGAAGUACCACCAGAUAUAUCGUUGACUAAACGGAAUGUGUUGAAAAAAAUCGCUACCGUAUUCGAUCCGCUCGGUUUUGUAAGUCCAUACGUGGUUGUGGCCAAGAUUCUCCUGCAAGAACUUUGGACGAGAGGUUAUGAUUGGGACGAAGUUAUUCUGGAUGAAAUUGGGGACAAAAUUAUGCAAUGGUUCCAACAGUUGGAGAGUUUAGCAGAUAUACGAGUUCAAAGGUGUCUUCGCGAAAUGAAGAAAGUUGUAAUGAAGAAAGUGAUCACCUUCGUUGAUGCAUCCAUCCAGGCGUAUGGGACAGUGGUCUAUUUAUUGUGCGAGUAUGAUGACGGGACAGCGAGUAGCCGGAUUAUCGCGUCUAAGAGUAAGGUCGCACCAUUAAAACCUAUAACGGUGCCAAGGCUGGAGCUGAUGGCCGCGAUACUUGGUCUUCGUUUAGCACAGAACAUUAUUCGUACUUUAGAAAUACCAGUCCAGACGGUAUUGUUCUUCUCAGACAGCAAAGAUGUGUUAUGGUGGGUGCGAGGUCGCGGGCGUGAUUUCCGACCGUUUGUGGCAAAUCGUGUAGGAGAAAUACAAAUGGAAACUGAACCAUGGCAAUGGCAAUAUGUACCCACUGAGCAAAACCCAGCAGACCUGUGCACACGGGGAGCAAGUCCAUCUGAGCUCAAGAAUAGUCCUUUGUGGUGGAAUGGACCCUCAUGGUUGCUCGAAGAUCAGGCUAAGUGGCCAAAGAUGGAUGUCGGAAGUCGUCCAGUUAAGUUGCCGGAAACGAAAGCUUCAAAAGAGGAAGACAAAGAAAAGGAGAAUUCGACUUUUACCACUCGGCAAGGCAGGUGUUCAAAACAGCAGCCGACCGAACAGCAGGUAACGAAUGACGAAUGGCGACUCGACUCGAAACGUUUUUCAAGUUGGAUGCGACUCGUACGGUUACACGCCAGAGUGAAGAGAGUAGUGCACAACAUGAAGAACGGUGCUAAAAGGCAUUCCAGCAAGGAACUAAUUCCAGACGAAAUCCGAGAUGCGGAGGAAGACAUCAUCCGUCAGGCACAAAAGGAGGCUUUUGUAGAGGAAUAUGCAAUGUUACAGAAGAAGAAACCUGUCUCACAACGAAGCAUUCUGUCCAAGCUUAACCCCGUACUCGAUGAACAAGGAAUUAUUCGUUCGGACAGUCGCUUGAGAUAUGCAGAGUAUCUACCCUAUGAUGUUCGAUUUCCUAUAAUACUACCUAGAGGUCACUGGACGACGAAACUGAUUGUCAAAUAUCAUCACGAGAUGGCGAAUCAUGACGCAGGCACCAAUUUCGUGUUAUCCCAGAUUAAUCAGAAAUAUUGGAUCAUCGCUGCCCGUGAAGAAAUCAGAGAAUGGGAAAGAACCUGUAACGAGUGUAAGAAACGCAAGAACAAAGCAGCAACGCAGAUCAUGGCUCCUUUACCCUCAAGACGGACUCGCUUGACAUACCGUGCAUUCGACCAAGCAGCGGUGGAUUACGCUGGACCCAUUCAGACUAUCCAGGGCAGGGGAAAGAAACGACUAAAGCGUUGGUUGUGUGUAUUUACAUGUACGGCUACGAGGGCCAUACAUCUGGAAGUGGCGUUUGGUUUGGACACUGAUAGUUUUCUCAACGCUUUCGAAAGAUUCACGAGCAGACGAGGAAUACCAUCGGAGGUAAUAAGUGAUAACGGAACAAACUUCGUUGGGGCUGUUAGUGAGCUAAAAGAGUUGGCGAAUAAGUUGGACAAGGAAAAGAUUCAAAGAUUUACGGCGCACAAGAAUGUCAAAUGGGUUUUCAACCCUCCUGCCGCCCCACACUUUGGUGGAGUUUUUGAGAGCAUGGUGAAAACAGCAAAAAGAGCAUUGUACGCGGUGUUGGGAAACAGUGACGUAACAGACGAGGAGUUAAUCACCGCAUGCGCCGGUGUGGAGAGUUUAAUCAAUUCGAGACCCUUAACAUAUCAGUCGGCAAGCCCACAAGAUGACGUACCAUUGACUCCGAACCAUUUUCUUCACGGUCAGGUCGGGGGAUCCUUCGCUCCAGAAGUCGUUGACAUCGAACCGUUUAAUCCUCGAAAGCGAUGGCGUAAGGUGCAAGAUUUAAUCUCUAGAGUUUGGUCGAGGUGGCUUAAAGAAUACUUGCCCACACUGAUCAUGAGACCAAAGUGGACGGAAGUGGUGAAGGAUUUAAAAGAAGGAGAUGUCGUCCUAUCUAUCGAAAAAGAUCUGCCUCGUGGUCGUUGGCCUUUAGCACGAAUUGUUCAGACGUUUCCAGGACGAGAUGGCCACAUUAGGGUGGCGAAAAUCCAGUGCGGAAAUAGAACACUUAUGAGGCCGAUCCAUAAGCUGGUUCCCAUAGAACAUUAG